CCAAUACAGUGGUGUAUGACCCUGUGUGGUCAUUCAGAGAGGAACUCAGAGAGAGCUUGAUUUCAGAGACAGUGACUCUGAGAAGCUCAAUUCAUAGUUCCUCUCCUGUGGCAUGCCUGAGCCCUGCUCAGAAUACUGCUGAGUUGAGUUCACAGAGUUCUGCAGUUUCUUCAUCUUCUCUCUGUGAGAAGGCUCUGAUGCAGCCUCUGAUCAGUAUCACUACUUGUCUGCACUGCAUUAAGCAGCUGAAGAAGAGAGGGAUUCUAUGUACUCACUUCUUCUCUCACUUCUGUUAUUUUCAUUGUAUCUGUAACAAUGACUUCUAUCUCUCU